AUGCGGUACGCGAGCAAGGCCGCCGAGAGCGCGUCUGCACGUCUCUGUGCAGACGCUAAAGCAGAAACCGCUGCAACCGAUGCGUCAUCGGUUGCUGAAGCGACUCAGCCUGUAUCACCUGGGGAUGCUGACACUCGUCAUGAAGACACUCAUCUCUUCACAGAGAAUGAGCUCGGUGUCUUAAACUCUCCUGAUACGGAAGACGGAUCCGUAUCGACGGCGAUCGAAUCCAAGCCGCCUGCCAAGCGUGGCAUGGGUGAUGCUUUGCGUCGUAGCAUCUUUGGUUCAUCUGACGAAUCAGAUGUACCAUCGCCGAAGCGAAGGCGCUCGAGAUCGCAAGACUCGGGCGCUAACAGUGGUGUCGGUUCACCUAUGGACACCACUUCACAGCGAGGUGCCAGUACUUCUGUCGGCACGUCGCAGAAAGAGCGGGACCGCAAUGUCUUGCGUCUCGCUCCCGAGAAGAAGGCAUGGAUGCCUCCCAAAUCUGUCAUGGAUCACUUGUCGUCGCCGACAAGUGAUCGUUAUCGAGUACGAUUAUUCGAUUCGUCAAGGAUCCACCACCUUGACCCCAGUGCGAAAAACUAUCACGCUGAGAAUGAAUUCUUAUCACAGCUCGUGAUAAGUUUGAGAAAAGAACCUCGACAGGUGCACGGUAUAAGCUGCAUCGUCUGUCAAAGGAGGGUGGUUUACCCUGUCUUUCCUGGGGAGACCCCUGCCCAUGUUGUGUGA